UUUGCUUGAUGGGUGAAACUAAUAGGUUUGAAAUCAUAAUCAGAGCAUAUUGUUCUUUACGAGUCUGGCUUAGCUUUUAGUUUUGGUCAAUGAGGCUGAACUAUACAGCUGCGGGUUUGUCGCACCGAUAUCAUCGUUGGUUUGGUGGAUCCAAUUAAUGGCCUUCAGAUAAACAAUAUCGAUUCACGAAAUUUAAGGCUUUCAAGUCGAGUAAAAGAUGUCGAAAUUUUACUUACUAUGCGGCCUUCUGUGUAUCGUUGCAAUUCAGCUAUUUGCUUCGAUAUCUGCCGAACGAAUCAACGGUGACUUGAUCAUUGGAGCGGCAAUUCCAGUACAUAAGAACAGUAAUGACAGUUGCAACGAAAUAAACUACGAGGGUCUCGCAGUUGCAGAAGCUAUACGUUUUGCGGUCGAAGAAAUAAACAAGGACGACAAGCUACUUGGUGAGCUUACGAUAGAUCGCAAACUAGGCUUUGAUAUACAAGACACGUGUGAUAGCAGUGAAAAAGCAAAAGAUAUCGCGUAUGCAUAUAACGGAGUACAUCGUAAUUACAAAGAGGGUACGCCUGGGCAGGAAAUACCAGUAUCUGCUGUUAUCGGAGAAUUUAAAAAGAGAUCAUUCGAGGCGCUGAAAUUGCUCAAUUUCGAAAAAAUUCCACAGAUCAGUUAUGCGGCAGACAAUGCGAGGCUGAAGCCCGAUGGGAUCAACGAUGACGAGGUUGGUGGACUACUUUCUGCUUACCCAGAAGAUGUUUCAAAAGGAAAGCCCGUUGCGAGCAUUCUAGGGAAAAUGAAAGCCGAGUAUACAACACUUAUAGCCAAAGGUGAUCAAAGAGGAAAAAAGGGUUUGAAGGUCAUCCAGGAUUUGUUAUCUAAAGCUGGUCUCUGUUACUCGGAAGGUGGGUUGGUGAACAAUGUCCAGGAGAUCGAGAAAGCUGUUAAAGAUUUAAGCAUGAAGAAACACGCAAAAAUAGCUGUUUUGCAUCUCGACGAACAAGACACAGCAGCAGCAUUGAUAGAAGCAGAAAAGCAAAAUCUAAGUGAUAUCACGUGGAUUAGCACCCAGUCGGUGAAAGGGAAUUUGGGAACGACAAACAGCGUUUCAGAGCAAACCAGUGGUAUGAUAUAUCUCCAAUCACAAAGUCUGGACCCACAGGGAUUCGAAGGAUAUAUAACAAACAGGGAAAUGAACAGUAAAAAUCAAAGUUUUUGGAUGAAAGAAGCAAUGCAAGAUCAGGGGGCCGAGAAGCAUUGUACUGAAAGUGGAAAAGCUCUUACACCGGAUCAGACCGAUGCUUGCCAAAAUGCGAAGGAGCAAGUUGUUAAAGAGAUUCUCAAGUACAGCGCCACAGCUGCAUAUGCAAUUGAUGCUGUUUAUAUCAUUGCAAAUGGGUUGCAAGAAAGCAUGGUGUCACAAAAACGUUUGAGUCUGUUUGACAGCAUGAGAAAAUUGGACUUUCAGUCGCCUUUAACAAAAAGUAAAAUCAAAUUCAAUGAAGAUGGCCAAGCAGUGGCUAUGGCAUUUAACAUAUACAAUGUGCAAGGAAAUGAUUCGUCGGGCAUAAGGCACGUGAAAGUUGGCAGCUGGGAGAGAGGCAACGACCCUGCCAUGAUGCUUGAUAUGAGUAAAGUGCGCUUCGAGGAAGGAAGUGAAAUGGCGCCUGUAUCAAAAUGCAGUCGUGAUUGUCUACCUGGAGAAGGAAUCGAGUACCCUACAAUUGGACCAAAAUGCUGCUGGACUUGUGUGCCAUGUCCCAACUUGACUGUAUCAAACGCCAGCAACUCCAAGUGUUUUGAAUGUGCCGAGCACCAAGCAGCAAAUCCACACCAAACCGAAUGCAAAGAUUUCAGGCUACUCCAUAUGAAAUUGAAAAAUACCGUCUCCGAGUUUGCUAUAUUUCUCCUAACAGUUGGCUUGCUCUUCACAUUUUUCUCCAUGUUCAUCUUCAAUCAAAAUAAAGAUUGUGAAGUAAUGCAAAUGGCUGGCAAUGGUACAAUGCAGAUACUGCUUGUUGGCAUAAUAAUUGUCUUUGCAUCAUCUGUUGUCUUGAUGUUCAAACCCACGGUCAUAAGUGGCAUCGUGUAUACAGCAAUAUUGAACAUAGGCCUCACAGUCGUAAUGGCUGCCUUUAUUUCCAAAACAUGGCUCUUCCAUCGUUCCGGUGCAGGCUCAAAAGGCUUUGUUGUCGGUUUGUUGCUGGUUAUCAUCGAGGCUGCAAUCAUUGCAGUCGGGUUCUACCUUGAGAAAGUGUCCUUGCUUUAUGAUGACACUGAUCACUGGGAUGUCAAAUACGUAGAAUGCUCUUUGUUCCGUGGUUACGCGUUCUGGCUUGCGUACGGUUUCGUCGUUGUGCUCAGCGUGCUGAUCAACUUCUUUAACUGCGGUGUGCCAAACGUCGAAGGGCGUUUUGGCGAAUACAAAUGGCUUUGCUUGACAUGUUGCUGUUUCUACUUAAUGGCAUUCUUGUUCAUCACAGCUUUCUGGGCUUUUCCAUUGCUGCAAAAGAUUGAAGCUGGUGUAAUCUUGACCAUUUGCCACUGCUUUUUAAUCUUGAUCGCCUACAUCUACCCAAAGUUGCACAUGGUUCUCUUCAUGGAACGAGAGAAGAUGCAGGAUGUUGCUAAAUCUGAGAAGUCCCCACUCUUCUAUGAGGAUGACGAGGAGGCCCCAGCACAUUCACCCACAUCUGGCAUCGAUGUUUUCAAAAACAGAAUUGUCCAACUGAAUGUAGAAUCAGAUGAUGGCAAGUCAAGUGGAAAAUACAAACCAACUCGUCUCUGUUUAGCCUUGACAAAACACAAAAACUCUAGCUGCGUCUUGACAAGCGGAAUUGGUGGCAGAGAAAUACAGUGUCAGCUUGAUUUGGGUGUUGGCUAUAAAUUGGAUAAAAUGUCAUCAGUCAUAAACGGGAAAAGAAAGUCAAGUGGAGACGUCAUGGCGAAUACAAACCUGCAGUUCGGCUUGGUGAACCCGGAUGGAAAAUAUUUAACGGCAGAAUCGUUUGGAUUCAGAAUAAACGCAAAUGGCCUGGCUUUGCGAAAGAAACAGAUGUGGUCGUUCGAACAAGAAGCAGGUAGCAAUCUUGGUUAUUUUAAAAGCUCUCAAGGAAGAUAUCUCGUCGCUGAUAAAAACGGAAAUAUAAGAUGUGAUGGCGAGGAAAGGGAAGACGAUGCUAAAUUUGAAAUCGAAGUUGGCAAUGACGGGCGUUGGGGUAUCAAGAGUCACUUUGGACAUUAUUUAGUUGGUAAUGGAGACUUAGUGAAUUGUCCAACAAGAAAAUUAGAAGAUCGAGCGAAGUGGGCCGUUCAUUUAGCGCUGCAUCCCCAGGUAAAUUUGAGGAGUGUUUCAAGGAAAAGACAUGUUCGUAUGGACGGUGAUGAGUUUCAUGCCGACGAAGAUGUUCCAUGGGGGUCAGAUGCAGUUAUAACUCUGCAGUUUUUAGGAGCUAGAUACGCUCUACAGGCUUCCAGUGGCAUGUUUCUGAGCAAAAACGGAAAGCUAGUUGACAAAGUUUGUGAAGAUUGUGAGCUUGUGCUUGAGUUUCACGAUAACCUAGUGGCGUUCAAGGAUAAAGACGGAAAGUACCUCAUACCAUACGGGCCUAAGGGAAAGAUACAAGCAGGAAAAGCAGCGCUCACCGCGUCUAAAGAUGAGUUGUAUCAGAUGGGAACCAGUCAUGCUCAAGUUAGACUUGUUUCGCAUAACGGGAAGAACGUGUCAAUUAAACAAGGAGUCGAUGUUUCAGCUAACCAACUUGAGGCAGAAGAUACUGAAAUUUUUCAAAUGGAGUACAAUACUGGCACUGACAACAAGGUCUCGUUCAAGACGAACACUAACAAAUACUGGGUGAUGGGAGCUAAAGGCGCUAUAACCGCAACUGGCUCUGAAGUUACGAAUGACAGUCAGUUUCUUUUGGAGUGGGCUGGAAACAAGAUCACUUUGAAAGCAAGCAAUGGGAAAUAUCUCAGCCCAAAAAUGUCGGGAGCUCUUGUAGCUUCUGCGGAUGCCGCCGCUGAGAAGGAGCAGUUCAAUCUCGGAAUUGUCAACCGCCCAUUGCUGGUGCUAAGGGGAGAGUUCGGAUACAUAGGGAUGCGCAGUGGUGUUUCAAAAGUCGAAUGCAACAGAGGCAAUUAUGAUGUCCUCAAUUUGGUGUUUGAGGAUGAUCAUUAUAAAAUAAAAGCAAAGAAUGGCAAAUUCUUUACUGUUGAUAACGAUAAUGCCAUUAUCGCAUCAGGAGACGAAGCAGGUGGAGACUCGUUUGCCAUUAUAUUGAAAGACACAAAACAUAUGUACAUUAAGGCAGUCAAGAACGGUAUGUACUUGAAAGGUGAUCAGAGCGGAGGCCUCAAAGCUGUUGCUACUGAUGUCGACAAAAACUGUCUUUGGGAACAUUAGGUGGAAAUUUGGUUUGCAGAGCUUGUUGACAAGAUUCAUUGGAGUUAAUCUCAUAAGUCAUAUUUGCUAUUAAAAACCAUAUGUGCUAUAGAAGAAUAUUAUUUAAUGAAACAACAAUACUUUUUGGGAAAUCGUAAAUGAUUGUUUAUUCAGCAAAUUAUGAAAUUUAAAACCAGUUUGAUUGUUACUAACCAUAGCAAAGUUUCGAAGGAGAUUCAACGCUUAAUGUGUGAGAGUUCAAAAGCCUUCGGACAAAGCUUCGUUUCCCCACAACUCAGAAUUUUUGUGCAUUUAAAAUUUUGAUAUUACAUUGAUAAAAACAAGUUAAUUAUGCGUAGUAAGAAAGAUAUGAAAUUAUAUUGUCUGGAGCUCUAA